UGCGGGCCUGUGGGGAGGGGAAGGCGGCCGGGCCGGGCCGGCGCUGAGCCCGCGGCGGGUGGUAGCGGAGCCCCCAGGGAGCGGGGAGGGACCGCGGCCGACGGCGUGGCCUCUGGGCCCCAGUGGGGUGAGACUGGCCUCCAUUCCUGUAAAGAAGCAGGUGUCUCUGUGAUGAAAUCCUGAUGCAGUUUUGAUUCAGAUUUAUUGUUUGAAUUGUUGAAGAUGUCAUCAGGCCUUACAGAGGAACAGAAGAGAAGAAUUGAAGAGAACCGCCAGAAGGCUUUGGCUAGGAGAGCAGAGAGGCUAGCGGCCCAGAGGGUUGGGCAGGUGGGGAUUGCUGGACCUCAGGUGAAAGAACAGAGUCUGGGCAAUCAGGGAAACUUGAAGGAAGAAAACAAUCAUGUCAGAUUCAUUAGCCAGCAUCAACAGAGUCCAAACAGUCCUGCAGAGCGGAAGAGCUAUCUUCAGAAAUAUUAUAAUCAUCAUAGUGCAAAUCAGCAGAUGGCUGGUUCACAUGGAAAGCAAAAAAAUAAUUGUUCAGAGGACUCAGAACAAGCAAGUGGCAUUAAGCAGUUCCCUACAAUAAACCCAAAAUCUCCGAGUUAUUCCCAUACACAUUACUUGAAUACUGGUGGUCAGGAACAUGGACAGCAAGCUUUAAUUAAUCUUGGUAAAUUCCAGCAGCCCAAAUGCUACCCAGCUUUCAAAAACCCAACAGAACCAUCUUGUCCUACGUUAAUUGAUAACGGGCACCCUGAUGGUAGUAAAGUUUCACAAAAUCAGAACAAAUAUGCCAUAAAAUAUGUUUCAUCACUGAGCAGUGCCACUCAGAGUGAUUCAGAAAUGAUGAUAAACACGAGCAGACCAACAGAAAGAGAAGGGGGAGGUGGUGCCUCUCUGGCCAGCGGUAGCAUGCAGAAGCUGACCAGCUCUGCUGGUACAGGCUCUACCUUUGAAGUUGCCUCUUGCAACAAAGCAAAUAGUGUUACAAAUGGAAAAUGUGUGAAAUAUGGGGAAGACCGAUUCCAGGUUGAAAUCGGGUAUAAUGCUGAACUCAUUGCUGUGUUUAAGAAGAUACCAAGCAAAAGCUAUGAUCCUGCUAUGAAAAAAUGGAAUUUCAGCCUGGAAGAUUACAGCAGUUUAAUGGAAGCAGCAAAUCAACUUUCGUCAGUAAUUCUGGCACCACUGGAAGGAGAAAAUGCAGUUGGCUUGCCAUCAGGCUCUCAUUUCGUUGGCAGUGGGGUUGAUGUGAAAUCUCUCUUGAAUAUGUGUAAGAACUGGAAGAAACCCUCGGCCCUUGUCAAAGGGAAGUGUGUGCUGAUCUCUCGCUUGCGGUUUGAGGUUGAUAUUGGGUAUUCUGCAGAAGCGAUUGGAGUGUUCAAACAGAUGGAUUCCAGAAAUUAUGAUAUGAACACCAGAAAGUGGAAUUUCCUGCUGGAGGACUAUCCCAAACUAAUGGAAGUGUUACAGAAGCUUGUGUCAGUAGAAGUGGAGCCGCUGCCUGAUGCAGUAAUAAAAACCUUUGCUGCUCAAAUACAGAGAUCUACAUCACAGACAGACAUUCCUGAUGCUGACCUUUCAAUAGUGGACUCCAAAAUUGUGACGAGCCUCAUGCCCUUUCAGCGGGAAGGUGUGAAUUUUGCAAUUUUGAGAAACGGGCGUUUACUUCUUGCGGAUGACAUGGGCUUGGGCAAGACCAUCCAGGCGAUCUGCAUUGCUGCGUAUUACCGAAAGGAAUGGCCCUUGCUGGUGGUGACUCCUUCUUCUGUGAGGUUUACAUGGGCAGAGGCAUUUCACAGGUGGCUUCCAUCCUUGAGUCCAGGUAGCACCAAUGUCAUAGUGACUGGCAAAGACAACCUAACAGCAAGCUUGAUCAACAUCAUCAGCUUUGACCUCCUCAGCAAGAUGGACAAGCCACUUAAGAGCACUUUCCAAGUAGUUAUUAUUGAUGAAUCUCAUUUCCUAAAGAACAUAAAAACUGCACGGUGCCGAGCUGCCAUGCCUCUACUCAAGGCUGCCAGGAGAGUGAUCUUGCUUUCAGGAACGCCUGCCAUGUCACGGCCUGCAGAGCUCUACACACAGAUCAUGGCUGUCCAGCCAGCCUUCUUCCCGCAGUUCCACUCCUUUGGGCUACGCUACUGUGAUGCCAGGAAGAUGCCAUGGGGUUGGGACUACUCUCGAUCAUCCAACUUAACUGAACUGAAAAUUUUGCUAGAAGAGUCCAUCAUGAUCCGACGUCUGAAAUCAGAUGUGCUUUCCCAGCUCCCAGCAAAGCAACGCAAAAUGGUUGUGGUGGCUCCUGAAGGCAUUAGUGCAAAGACCAAAGCUGUCUUGGCAGCUGAGGCAGAGAAUAUGGCCAAAGGAUAUGGAAGUAAACAACAAGAGAAAACAGCUCUUCUCCUCUUCUACAGCAGAACAGCUGAAGCUAAAAUCCACUCAGUUGUAGAAUACAUCCUGGAGUUACUGGAAAGUGGGAAUCAUAAAUUCCUGGUGUUUGCUCAUCACAAGGUAGUGCUGGAUGCAAUAGUUGCAGAGCUGGAGAAGAAACAUGUUGAAUACAUUCGCAUUGAUGGCUCAACAUCUUCAGCCGAGCGGCAGUCUCUGUGCCACAAGUUCCAGUCCUCAGAGAAGCAGGUUGUGGCUGUCCUGUCCCUCACUGCUGCAAACAUGGGCCUGACGUUAUCUGCUGCAGAACUGGUGGUGUUUGCAGAACUCUUCUGGAAUCCAGGGGUUUUGAUCCAAGCUGAAGAUCGGGCACAUCGGAUUGGACAGACCAGCUCUGUUAAUGUUCACUACCUGGUGGCUAAAGGCACAGCAGAUGACUACUUAUGGCCAAUGAUUCAAGAGAAAAUCAAAGUGCUGGGGGAAGCUGGUCUUUCGGAAACCAAUUUCUCCAAAACAGCUGAAUCCACUAAUUACUGCCGUAAGCCUGAUUCAAAGCAGAAGACCAUCUACGACCUUUUCCAGAGGACCUUCUCUGAGAGCAAAGAUGACACUGAUGAAGUCUUGCUUUUGGAGGCAGCUGAUGCUUGCUGUGAGUUUGACUCUGGCAGUGCCUUGCAAGAUACAGAAGGAGAGGCACAUUCAGUGAGUCCCCCCAAAAAGCGGCGUAUUGAGGAGUUUCUAGAAGUGUAAUAGUGACAGCAAAAGAGAAGGUGGCUAAGAGAUUUUUUUUUUAAUUAAAAAAAGCAAAACCAAAAGCAAUCAAGUUUUUUUUUAGUUUUCAAAAAUAAAAGACUUUUUCUGUAUCUCUAGUGCAUUUCAUCUCAAAGGAUUAGAAGGCAAUCUGACAGUGUGACAGAUGAGCGGCACACACCUGGCAGCCUGUAGGUUUUGCAGUCCUGGUUUUGCUGAUGACCGAGUGGCCAUGGGCAAGUAGCAUGCUGCUUUGUUUCAGCAUGUAAGGUUCCACAGUUGUUUUGUUUAAAAAGCAGGUAAUGGUUGUCUGUCCACAGGGCAGAACUGUUGUGAAAACUAACUUCUCAGCAGCUGCAGAGUGCUUUUAACACUGUUAUCGGUCUUCCAUCUCUAAGAAUUUUAGUCUGUAUUUGUAGUCAGUUCAGUGGCAAAAUUUGACCCCUACUUGGGUCUCUCACAGACUGGAUCUCUGGGAUGCAGUUUGGCAGUGAGGAGAAAAGAUCCGGACAUGUCUUGAUGUUUUGUGGAGAUGGAGGAGAGGGGGAAGAAUGACAGAUUUUUGUUUGUGCAGAGCAGUCAGUAACUUGAAACUAAGUAGUAUAACUGUCUGCUAGGAGGUGUGUGUUGCCUGUUAUGCACAUGUCUGCCUGAGCACACUGAUCUGUGGCCUCAUCUGCUAAACCUUAGGACCUGCUCCAUGGCAUGUGCUUCUUGUCUCAGUGGACAGUGAAGCUUGCACUGACUGCCAAGGAUUAAGCCCGGCUGCUCAGGAAGGCUGUGUAUUUGUUUCCUUCAAGGCUUGAGACUGAUUUCCACAGAUAAGUGGGGAAAGGGGACAUGUGUGGACUUUCGUUCUCUUUUUGUAAGAAACCGAUACUGGACUGAGCUGUUUAAAUAAAAAGUUGUUUUAAGUUGUGGUUCACAA